AUGCCUCAAUAUUAUAAAAAUGAAACUGAACAUGGAGAUAUGUUUAAACUUUAUCUUUCCCAUAUUAUUCAGAAGCCAAUACAACCAGUAACUUUGAAGAAAAAAUCAUCAACAACAAAAGGAAUUUGUCCAACAACUGAUGGAGUCAUACCUUUUGUGUUGAAUAUUGGUGAAGCAGAACUUGCUUGGCAUUGUUUAGAACUUAUUGAUGCUGAAAAAGAGUUGCAAGAUUAUGGAUUGCCAACACUAUUGCUUUCUCUGGCAGGCCCACAUUUAUGGGUUUUUGUAUUCAUUCAACUGGAUGGAGAAUUUGUCUUUCAACCACUUAAUGUUACAAUGUUCCAAUUGCACAACACUACAUACAAUGUCUAUGCACACAAACUCUGUGCUAAACAUAAACUUGCACCUAGGUUGCUGUACUAUAAUAAUCAAGAUGUAGCAUACAUGGGAUACCAUAUGGUUAUUAUGGAGUAUGUAGAAGCAAAAACAUUGUUCAUGGCCAAAGAUGAUUUGAACAUUGAAUACAAAAAAAAAGUUUUCAAAGAUAUUGCAGAGGCAAAAAGGUUACUGCACAAAAAUCAAUUGGUAUUUGGUGAUCUAAGAUCAACAAACAUUCUUGUGACUGACAUGGAGUCUUCAUCUCCUCAGGGGAUGUUGAUAGAUUUUGACUGGGGUGGAAAAGAAGGUGAAGCAUGGUAUCCAACUCUCCAGAAUACAAGAGAUAUUAUAUGGCCCAUAGAGGUUGAAUAUGGAUUAUGUGAAUUGAAGGAUGUGUUGCAACCUGAACAAUAUGGCAAAAAAUGUGGUUUUCCUGUUGUUGAUUAUGCUGAAGAAUUUAAGGUUAAAGCUAUAGAUUACAACAAUAAUUAA